CCGCCGCAACCCUCAGCCUCUUUCCACGAGCGCUGACGUCGACGACGACGUCUCAUUUAAAAGCGGCCGCGCAGGCGCAGUAAGGGGAAAUGCGAACUUAGGCUGUUACACAACUGCUGGGGUCUGUUCUCGCUGUCCGCCCGCCCGGCAGUCUGUCAGCCGCGUCGCUGCCUCCUCAACUGUCCCGGGAGUCUCGGGCCCGUGGCUGCUGUCGCCCUCUGUUAGUGCUUAUCAGGAGCUCCUUCCGCCCGCUCAGGCCGUCCCUGCCGUCCGCCUCUCUUCCCCCGCGCUGCCUCUGAGCCCGCAGCGUUCGCACGCCGGCCGACAUGAGCGGGGACCAUCUCCACAACGACUCCCAGAUCGAAGCGGAUUUCCGAUUGAAUGAUUCUCACAAACACAAAGAUAAACACAAAGAUCGAGAACACCGGCAUAAGGAGCACAAGAAGGAUAAGGAUAAGGACCGGGAAAAGUCUAAGCAUAGCAACAGUGAACAUAAAGAUUCUGAAAAGAAACACAAAGAGAAAGAGAAAACCAAACAUAAAGAUGGCAGCUCAGAAAAACAUAAAGACAAACAUAAAGACAGAGACAAGGAAAGACGAAAGGAGGAAAAGAUUAGAGCUGCUGGGGAUGCAAAAAUAAAGAAGGAAAAGGAAAAUGGCUUCUCUAGUCCACCACGAAUUAAAGAUGAACCUGAGGAUGAUGGCUAUUUUGCUCCUCCAAAAGAGGAUAUUAAGCCAUUGAAGAGGCUUCGAGAUGAAGAUGAUGCUGAUUAUAAACCUAAGAAAAUUAAGACAGAAGAUAUCAAGAAGGAGAAGAAAAGAAAAUCAGAAGAAGAAGAGGUUAUUUGGAAUUUAAUAGGUGAGGAUCUUUUUACUAAGCAAGGUGAUCACUUAAUGAGCUUGUGCCAUGUCUUUGAAAGGUGGGAAGAAGAACGUUAUCCAGAAGGCAUCAAAUGGAAAUUCCUAGAACAUAAAGGGCCUGUCUUUGCUCCACCAUAUGAGCCUCUGCCAGAGAGUGUCAAGUUUUACUAUGAUGGUAAAGUUAUGAAGCUGAGUCCUAAAGCAGAAGAAGUAGCUACAUUCUUUGCAAAAAUGCUUGACCACGAAUAUACUACUAAGGAAAUAUUCAGGAAAAAUUUCUUUAAAGAUUGGAGAAAGGAAAUGACUAAUGACGAAAAAAAUACGAUUACCAACCUAAGCAAAUGCGACUUUACACAGAUGAGCCAGUAUUUCAAAGCGCAGUCAGAAGCUCGGAAACAGAUGAGCAAGGAAGAAAAAUUGGUACAUGAUAACAAGGUUACUUGGCUGGUCUCCUGGACAGAGAAUAUCCAAGGUUCUAUCAAAUAUAUCAUGCUGAAUCCCAGUUCUCGAAUCAAGGGUGAGAAAGACUGGCAGAAGUAUGAGACUGCGCGGCGUCUGAAGAAGUGUGUGGACAAGAUCCGAAAUCAGUAUAGGGAAGACUGGAAGUCCAAAGAGAUGAAAGUUCGUCAGAGAGCUGUAGCAUUGUACUUCAUUGAUAAGGUGGGGACAGAAUUGGAUGGUCAGGAGUAUGUUGUGGAAUUUGACUUUCCUGGGAAGGACUCAAUCAGAUACUAUAACAAAGUCCCAGUUGAGAAACGAGUUUUUAAAAACUUACAACUGUUUAUGGAGAACAAGCAGCCUGAGGACGAUCUUUUUGAUCGACUUAAUACUGGUAUUCUAAAUAAACAUCUUCAGGAUCUCAUGGAAGGCUUGACUGCCAAGGUGUUCCGUACCUACAAUGCCUCUAUCACACUACAGCAGCAGCUUAAAGAGCUCACAGCCCCUGAUGAGAAUGUACCAGCGAAGAUUCUAUCUUAUAACCGUGCCAAUCGAGCUGUUGCAAUUCUUUGUAACCACCAGAGGGCGCCACCAAAGACCUUUGAGAAGUCAAUGAUGAACUUGCAGUCUAAGAUUGAUGCCAAGAAAGACCAGUUAGCAGAUGCUCGAAGGGACCUGAAAAGUGCUAAGGCUGAUGCCAAAGUCAUGAAGGAUGCAAAGACCAAG